AUGUCAGGCCUUCUCGCAGGUCGAGUAGCCGCCAUUACGGGAGGAGUCACUGGUAUAGGCCGAGCCAUUGCCCUUGAGUAUCUUAAGCAAGGCGCUUGUGUAUCGGUCAAUCACUUCGAGGAUGAGAAGUCUGCGCAGCAAUUCAAGAGCAUGGAACGAGAGGCUAUCGAAGGUGCGAAACUGAUUGCGGUGCCUGGAGAUAUAUCGAAGCAGGAGACAGCUAUACGGCUGGUGGAUGAGACGGUGAAGGCGUACGGGAAGUUGGACGUGUUUGUGAGUAAUGCUGGGAUAUGCCAGUUUGCGGAGUUUCUAGACAUCACACAAGACCUCUUCGAAUUCCAUGUCUCUACGAAUCUCCAUGGCGCCUUCUACGCCACGCAAGCUGCAGCGCGCCAGAUGGUCAAGCAAGGCCACGGCGGCUCCAUCAUCGGGAUCUCUUCCAUCUCGGCUCUCGUGGGCGGCGCACAGCAGACGCACUAUACACCCACGAAAGCCGGCUUGCUGAGCCUGAUGCAAUCCUGUGCUUGUGCGCUGGGCAAGUACAACAUUAGGUGCAAUGCACUGCUACCGGGCACUGUUCGGACGCAGCUGAAUGAGAAGGAUCUGGCGGAUGAGCAGAAGCGGAAGUAUAUGGAAGGGAGGAUACCGCUUGGGAGGACGGGCGUGCCGGAUGAUCUGGCUGGCCCCGCGGUCUUCUUAGCGAGCGACUUGUCCAAAUACGUGAACGGUGCACAGCUCCUCGUUGACGGAGGUCUAUUUGUUAACCUUCAAUAA